AUGAAGACAAUUACGGCAAUCAUACCCAAAGGAACUGUCGAGAAGGCAGUACAGGCCAUUACUUCCCAGGACUUUUCCCUGCAGGGAGAUAUCGCCCUAUUUGGCAACCCGGACCUUACUGCCACGCUGAAAGUGUGGCAAGGCCCAUUACCUCCCAGCGUGACUGGGUCUGUCAGCCUGAUUCCCUGUGCCGAGCUGGCCACGCUGAAGCAGGACCAGCUUCGCCUCUCGUUGGUAGCCCCCGGGCUUGCAGGCACCUCAUUUGAUGACAUUGUGUUUCAGAAGGCGCAGAUCUUCCAUCAGAACUGCGCCAUCGAUCCGAAGCGAAGUGUGGGGUGGAACAUUGAUGCCGACUGGGUCAUCGACGCCUCAUGCGGUACACUGCAUGCCGUCCUGGUCCGCCUGCUCGGCGUCGACCGGCCGACAUUGCGGAUGCACGGAGAGUUGGGGCCAAGCCAGAAGUGGACCGCCCUUCUCGACUUCCAGAGCAUCACGCUGGAGGGGCAGUUCGCCGGCCUCGACGUUGUCCGCAGCGCACCUGCCGGCCUGCAGUUCACAACGCUCGGGGUCCGGCUCCUUGGAGCCCCGGGCGUCCCAGGUAACGCCAUGAAAUACAGCUAUGCUGCUUUUGGAACACUGCACCUCGACAUCCCGGAGUCGACGGCACCGCUGGAGCUAAGCUACGACAUCCAUGAAGCCAACGGCGAGGCUAUACUUCAGGCACAACUAGGAUCGGCUUGGUCUAAUGCUUUUGGUGUCACCGGGCUAACUAUAUCCACGGCGUCUUUCACCACCAAGUUAUCCGUCGAGUCGCCAUGGGAACACGCCGAAUUUGAUGUAUCUGCUUCUUUCAAGCACAAGGACACUCAAAUCGACUUUCAGGGAACGUAUGCACCUGGCGGCGCCUUUGACCUGAAAGCAACAGUCGCUCCAUUUGACAUCAGUAUCAUUGGUAACGUCUUCGAUGCCUUCCAUGGCUGUGCAAUUUCAGUCCCCGAUAUCGAUGUCAAGAUCCAGUCUGCCACAUUUUCCAUCGUGUCUGGAAAGGGACUAGAAGUCCACCUGAACAAUGUCGAGCUGGCCGACCACACUGCAGCCACUGCUGUUCUGACAGAUAGCCCAGACGGCGUUGUCAUUCGCGGAGAUCUGGGAGACAAGGUCGAGCUGGACGAUGUCCUGCUGAAGAAUGCCUAUAUCCAGGUGACUCUACCAUCCUCAUCUAAUCAAGACAAACGCGGAUCCGAUGCUGUUUUGGGUGGCCAGGUGGAGGUCCUGAAGGGACUUGACGUUGAUAGCACAGCCCACCUGUACCAGAAUAAGAACAAGACCGGAUACGAAUGGGCGAUGGUGGCAGACUUGACACCAAAGGAGAACGACGCUUGGGAACUAUCAAAGUUGGUCCCAGAGGUGCACGGCACGCCCCUAGACCUGAGUCUCACUAAGGUGGUAUUUACUGCAGCCUCCCAGGACAAUCCAGAGGUGGGAAGCACACUUGGUAGCAACUACUCCAUCCAGAAGGGAAUUCAGUUUCACGGAACAGUGUCUGGUGGCAUCUUAGCCUUGGAUUCACUUACGCGCAAGUCGCAUGAAGGGCUCAGCAUGCGUGCCGGGCCGUCCUCGAAGGGAUUCGACAUUGAGCUCUUCACCCCGUCUGAGACUUGUAUCUCACUCGGCAACGGACUGAUGACCACGCCCAUCGUGCUGAAGAUAGAGACCCAGCCAUCUGUACGUCUGAUGGUUUCUGCCGGACUCAGCAUCAAAUUGUCAGAGUCCGGCGAGCCUCUGAACUUUGGCGUGACAUUUGAUGCCGGUGUAAACAGUGCCUCGGCAACAGGUGAGAUGGCAGGCUGGUGGGCCAAUCCAUGCAACGCUGGCCAGAAUGUCAAGCUGGGGCCAAGCUUGGCACUGGAUCUCGAGAUCAUCUAUGCUCAGUUUGUUUCCACCGGAACCGUAAGCGGAUUUGGGCUGCGAGGCGGCAUCAUGAUCGGCAAGACAGAGGCCCAGUGUGCCAUGCAGAUCAGCGAAGACCCUAUGCGAGACAUGCUUUCGGCCGAGGUUGGAGCAUUGACGCUGGAGGAUCUGACCUCGUUUCACUGCGAUGUCACAGGAGUCUCUAUCCCUACGCCUCCUGGUGGCUGCAUGACAUUCGAGAAGGUAAAGCUCUACAUCUGCCCUGCUGGAACGACACUUGGCACGGUCAGCUAUCCGCAAGGCUGUUCCUUUAUGGCCGACAUGAUCUUCUUUGGCAAACGUGCCGAUAUUGCAUGCUCUAUGAGCAAAACAGAAGGAAUUUGCAUCCAAGGCGGUGUCGACAACUUCGAGCUUGGCCCGCUUACGGUGAGAGGAAAGACCGGACCACGAGCCACGCUGGAUUGCACCCUCGGCCCAUCAUCGCAGCACAUUCUUGUUGAUGGUGUUGCCACAUUUCUCGAGGACGAUGUCGAAGUCCACGUCGACAUUAGCACGUUACCAGAACAGGCGGUCACCUUUUCCAUGAAUGUCACUUUUGCCGACGAACUGAAGUUUGAUCUUCACGCUUCAAUGCACGGCCAUCUGGCCUUUGACCGCAGUUUGUUGGACGCAGAUUUUGCCCUUGAAGCUGAGUUGGAGCAGCAUAUUAUUGAGCACAUCCAGACACAUCUCCUUGAAGAGCUGAAGAAAGCUCACCAUGCUCCGGCUGCCGGCAUCGACGCCGCAGACAAGACCCUACAGACAGAGAAGCAGAAGGUGGAGGACAGCAUUCAGACGGCAAAGAAGGACGUGGGUGACACAUGCCAGACAUGGGAGUCGAAGCAGAAGGAAGUCACCAGCACGGCUGGGUCCACUGUCGAGACCUACCAAAAGGAGGUCAGCCGUCUCGAAGAUGACGUCAAGGCAGCCCGCAACAAGUACAACGAGGCCGUGGCGGCGGCCGAGCAGGACGUGAAGAAGGCCAACAGCGAUCGGGAGGAAGCGAUGAAGGCAGCAAAGAGCGACCUCGAAAAGGCCCAGAACGAGGCAACUCAGGCCAUUGCUGCAGCACAAAAAGCAGUGGACGAUGCCCAAGCCGACGUGGACCGCCUGUUUGGAGCCGCCCGGGGCAAUAUCGACGCGGCAGAGGCAAAGGUGCAGACGCUGCAGAAAUACAUGGACGCGCAAUGGGAGACGGUGUACGCCUACGAGACGCCGUCCUGGUACGAAGCCUGGAAGCUGGCCCUGGUUCCGAGCCUCAUGGUGCCCAUCGCAGCACUCAAGGCAGCCAAGGUGAUUGCGGACGGCACGCUGGAGUCUGCCAAGGCCGUCCUGUACUCGACCGAAUAUGUCGAGAAGCAGACGUUGCUAGCCGCAGCCAACAGCGCGCUCGAGGCAGCCAAGGCCACCAGCGAUGAGGCCAUCGAGGCAGCGAGCGCAUCUAUGAACGCGGCCGACGAGACGUCGCGUGUUGCCGUCAGCGCGUCUACCGAAGCCAUGGACGCCGCGCGCCAGGGCGUCGCCUAUGGAGUCCUGCAGUCCGCCAUUCUUCGCCUAAACGACUACAAGAGGCACAACGAGGAAUCCUACCAGGCGGCCUCCCAAACCGUCAACGAAUUGGAAAACUGCCUUGAGCAUGUCGCACACGAGUCCGCUAAGGCCGCCUUGUCCGCAGUCGAGAGUGCGGCGACAGAGAGCAUAGAUGUCGCCCAGAAGGCGCUCGACGAAGCCCAUGAGGCUGGCGACUUCGCCCUCGACAUCGCCGGCAAGAUUGCAGAAGAAUCCUUGCAGACCGUGGAUAUCCGUCACGUGCACAUCUCGGGCAGCCUCCGCGGUCUCGUCACGUGCGACAACAGCACGCCGUUGCAGGCCCACGUUGAAGUCGUCCUCCUCGGCCAUGCCAUGCCAGUGAUCGAUGUCACCUACGACCCGAAGGAUUCGAUGGCGUUGGUCACGAGCAUCUUUGAAGAGGUGUGGAAAAACAUUGACAUACUCAAAUGA